AUGAUACUGAAAAGGCUAAAAUAUCCUCUUUAUUUCCUUCUCAGGAAUACACUAAUACCAACAAAGCGUUAUCAAAGUACGGUGGAAUAUAUCCAGGGACAGGAACCGGAACCCAAAAUACGUGAAUAUUUCUAUUACAUAGAUCAUGAGGGAAUGCUCUUUUUAGACGAUGCCAAAAUGAAAAAUUUCACAUCCUGUUUCAAGGAGAAAAAAUUUCUGAAAUUCUUUUUCGAUCGUGUUAAAUUUAACGAUACCAAACGUUAUCGUGAUGAGUUUCCCUAUCUCUCACCCUGUGGCAGGGAACGAAAUUUCAUCAGAUGUGAUGAUACUCCCAUUGUUUUUACUCAUGUUAUGGAAGAUAAUGAGCAGCAGGGUCAAGAUAAAUUGUUGUAUAAUCAUGCUGGAGAUGUUUUAAAAAUUGAUUUUGAACCGGAGAAAAUCUAUAUGAAUCCCGAUACGGGUAGGGUAUAUCAUCCAUAUCCCUUGGCCAAGGUGGGAUCUAUUGGUUUAAUACGCUCAAAACUAUCCAUUGAAUUAAGUCGAUUUUUUGAAUUCGAGAAGGGCGAACAGCAUGGGCCAACACACAUUUGGUGGAAGGAUAAAAAACUUUUAUUACAAAAUAAUUGGUUUUCUAAUACACAGCGUUAUGGUGUAAACUCUAACAGGGAAAUACAAUAA